CUCAGCCCCCAAGCCGGGCCGCAACCCACGAGUGUGAGCGCGCCGCCACUCUGAGGAGAACGCAGCAAGCAUGCCGUCGGAUUCCAAGAAGAAGAAGGCAGCGAUGAAAAAGGGGGGCAGCAAAGGUUCCUUGAAGAGCGCCGCCUCGGCUGGGCAGCUGUCCGAGGUGGAGAACAGCGCCGGCAACGGCGGGCUGGUGGACGCAAGCGGAGUGGCGGUGGCGCUCGAGGAGUUCCAGCUCAACGACCGCUCCACUACCGGUGUGCUGACCAGCCACCCGCAGUCCCGGGACAUCCACUUUGAAUCAUUCAGCCUGCUCUACCACGGCCAUGAGCUGCUGGCCGACACGCGCCUGGAGCUCAACUACGGCAGGCGGUAUGGCCUGAUUGGCCCCAACGGGUGCGGCAAAAGUUGCCUGCUCAAGGCACUGGGCGCCCGUGACCUGCCCAUCCCAGAGCACAUUGACGUUUACCUGCUGGAUCGCGAGAUCCCUGCCUCAGACAUGACCGCUCUGGAGGCGGUGAAGAGCGUCGAUGCUGAGCGGGCACGGCUGGAAGCAGAGGCCGAGGCGCUGGCAGACCAGCAGGGCGAGGAGGUGGAGGCGCGGCUGGAGGACAUUUAUGAGAGGCUGGAUGCAUUGGAGUCGGACAUGGCCGAGGUACGGGCCGCCUCCAUUCUGCAUGGCCUGGGGUUCAACAAGGAGAUGCAGGCCAAAAAGACGCGUGACUUCUCCGGCGGCUGGCGCAUGCGCAUUGCUCUGGCCCGUGCACUGUUUGUGGAGCCCACCUUCCUCAUCCUGGAUGAGCCCACCAACCACCUGGACCUAGAGGCCUGCGUGUGGCUGGAGGACACACUGAAGAAUUGGAAGCGCAUCCUGCUGCUCGUGUCGCACUCGCAGGACUUCCUCAACGGCGUAUGCACCAACAUCAUCCACAUGCAUUUGAAGCAGCUCAAGUACUACGCAGGCGACUACGAUACCUACGUGCGCACCCGGGCCGAGCUGGAGGAGAACCAGAUGAAGAAGUACAAGUGGGAGCAGGAGCAGAUUGCCAACAUGAAGGAGUACAUUGCGCGGUUCGGCCAUGGCAGUGCAAAGCUGGCACGGCAGGCGCAGAGCAAGGAGAAGGUGUUGGCCAAGAUGGUGCGGGAGGGGCUGACAGAGAAAGUGGAAACCGACAGAGUGGUGAAGUUCAAGUUUGAAAACAUGGGCAAGCUACCACCGCCAGUGCUCCAAUUCACUGAUGUCACCUUCGGCUACUCGCCAGACAAGGUCCUUUAUUCACAUGUGGACCUUGGCGCCGACCUGGACUCGCGCGUGGCGGUGGUGGGCCCCAAUGGCGCGGGCAAGUCGACGCUUCUGAAGCUGAUGACUGGGCAGUUGGACCCUCUGGAUGGCAUGGUGAAGCGGCACAACCACUUGCGCAUCGGGCAGUACCACCAGCACCUGACGGAGCUGCUGCCCGAUGACCUGUCACCGCUGCAGUAUUUUGCGAGGGAGUUUGGGAACGAGCUGGGGGAGGAGAAGAUGCGGUCAGUCAUCGGGAGGUUCGGCAUCACUGGGCCACAGCAGACGCUGGUGAUGAGCAAGCUGAGCGAUGGGCUCAAGUCGCGGGUGGUGUUUGCAUGGCUAGCGCACCGCACGCCGCACAUGCUGCUGCUGGAUGAGCCCACCAAUCACCUAGACAUGGAGACCAUCGACUCACUGGCAGAGGCCAUCAACAACUGGGAUGGCGGCCUUGUGCUUGUAAGCCACGACUUCCGGCUCAUCUCCCAGGUGGCCAACGAGAUCUGGGUGGUAGACAAGGGCACCGUCAGCAAGUGGAAUGGCGACAUUUUGAGCUACAAGCAGAUGUUGCGAGCCAGCGUCCAAGCAGCCUCACUGAAAUAAGAUUCUUAUAGAUGAUGCUGAAACCCACAUUACACAGCUGUGUAAAUGAACAAACUUGCAGG